AUGGUGGCUCCUUGGGGCAGAGCCUCAUCCGGACGGACUUUGGGCGGGGUUAAGAGAGCAUUAAAGUUGGACACUGUUAAAAAAUAUAAUCCAUCUGAUGCAACACCUUCAAAAACCAAAAGGAAAAAUCUAAACUACUCACCAACUACAGGAACUCGCCAGAUGAGUCCAUUUUCAUCUCCUGUGAGUUGUAAUGCACAAAACUUCAGAACUGGCCCAUCAGAUGGAGAUGGAACCACAGAGCAGAAUGAUUCAGAAAGCAGAUUACCCAGAAGAGGGCAGCCUCAAGCAGAGCAGAAGGUGUUUAUGGAAUUACAGUCCAAAGUGAAGAAUUCAUUGGAUAGAAUUCUGAAAAUAAGAGCAAGUCUGACAAGCCUACAGGCUUUAGAGGGCAGUAAAGAGCUUGAGAAUAUCAUUGGUGUCUCGGACUUGUCUUGUGCCCUGAGUGCUGAAGUGCAGAAAACUCAAGUGCUAAUGACUCAAGCAGAAGAACUGGAGCUGUGGAAAAGGAACCAUGGAAAACUUCCUGCCCGAGAGUACGUUCAGACUACGAGCAGCUCUGCCUUCCUGACCUCGCUCCUUGACCAAGUAUUUUAA